AUGGCAACUGAACGUCCUCAGUACUACCAAAAUACGCUCAAACCAAUCGAGCUCAGCCAAGAGUCAUUACAACAGACUCUGCAGGAAUUACGUGAUGCGGCCAGGCGUGGAGCUGACAUGGUGAAAGAGGGCAGCCCUCCUGCUGGCGAAUGGGGAAUCGGGGGCUUGUUCUUAGGAAAUCCAGGAAUCACACUGGCCUUCCUCCGACUCGCCCAUCAAGCUGCGUCUUUAAAGAAGGACAAUGAGUCCAGUCCGCCUGAUUUCCGAAAAGAUGCCAAUGAGAGGAUCUAUACUGGCCCAGAUUUGCCUCUUUUGCCCAGUAGACUGUCUCCUUUAGGAUCACUUUCCCCGAUACCAGCAGCCGUUCUCCGUAUACUAGCCGCGGCCACAUCGAACCGUGCCGUUUCCAAAGAUGACAUCCAAUGCUUUUAUCAGGCGGUCGAACUAGCCAUGAAAAAUGGUCAUAUCGUCCCUCAUGCUGGCGAUAAUCUAGGAGGCGAUGAGAUCUUAUAUGGACGUGCAGGGCUGUUGUGGUCGAUUCUGAAUAUCCGCGCCCAUAAGUAUGAUGAAGACACUGAGAAAGCUCUGAAGCCUCUCUACGAGUCCAUUCCAAAACUGGUCGAUGUGAUCAUCGAGGCAGGGAGACAAGGAGCACGUGACUGUGCUAAGCUAUACGGCGACAAAGACACUCUUCCAUUGAUGUAUAUGUGGAUGGAAAAAUACUACUGUCUUGGAGCCGUCCAUGGAGCGGGUUUGUACACAUAUUAUUGA